AUGAUGAAAAAACAAACUGUCUUGUCCUUUUCACUAGGAUUGCUACUUUCAUUUUUGUAUUCCACCACCACUUUUGCCCAAUUAUCACCAGCUUCUGCCCCGCUCAAACCACCCCAACCUACCCCUACCCCACCAGCUGAAGCUCCGAAUCAACCAUUGGUUCCCUCGCUGCCACAGUCACCAAGUGAUGCCACUCCUGACACUGCAGCUGUUGACAUUGUUGGAAUCCUGAGGCAGGCCAAGUCAUUCAACAUCCUUAUCCGCCUCAUGAAAACCACCCAAUUGAUCAACCAACUCAAUGCACAGCUCCUCACUACUAAAUCAGGUGGCAUCACCAUUCUUGCACCAGAUGACAGUGCCUUCUCUGAACUCAAAGCAGGCUUCCUCAACUCUCUUUCUGAUGGACAAAAGCUCGAGCUCUUACAGUUCCACGUUCUUUCAGAUUAUGUCUCUAGCUCAAACUUUGAUACUCUAACCAACCCUGUGAGAACACUUGCAGGGGCUAAACCUGGAAAGGUGGAACUGAAUGUGAUAAGUUAUGGAGGGAGUGUGAAUAUCUCAACGGGUGAGGUUAACACCACCAUCUCUGGCAUCGUAUAUACAGAUAAGCAUCUUGCUAUUUACAAGGUGGGGAAGGUGCUUCUUCCUAUGGACUUUUUCACUGUUGCUAAGGCACCUGCAAAGGCACCCUCUUUGGCACCAGAAUCAUCCGCAAAGGCGCCUAAGUCAGAUAAGGAGAAGUCAAUGUCUCCAGAUUCCUCAGAAUCAUCUGAGAUCAAUUCCACCAACAAUACCUCUGGCACUGUGAAAAUUAAUCAUGGAAAGCUGUUGUCCCUUGUCUUUGGAUUACUUAUCCUGAUUGCAUUGUCAUCAUAA